UGGAGGCGUCCUUGGGAGAGCGGGCUUGGGAGAGGGAAGGCCAUGGAGCCGCCUAGGGCACCGCCACCGGAGGACCCCGCUCGAGAGGCGGCUGCGAAGCUGUCGGAGGCGGUGGGCGCGGCGCUGCAGGAGCCCCGGCGGCAGCGACGCCUAGUGCUGGUCAUCGUGUGCGUGGCUCUCUUCCUGGACAACAUGCUGUACAUGGUCAUCGUGCCCAUCGUGCCCGAAUACAUCGCCCACAUGCGCGGGGGCAGCGAGAACCCCAUCCUGACCACCACCGAAGACGUGUGGGCGCUCCCGCCGCCACCCCCGACCGUGCCCGCCAAUGCCAGCGUCCUCGACGCUGCAAGAGCAGCGGCGCUCAAUGUCUCCGAGGAGCCCGCGCGGACCCCAAGGCCCCCCGGGCCGGCGCUGAGGCCCCGCUACCCCACGGAGAGCGAAGACGUGAAGAUCGGGGUGCUGUUCGCGUCCAAAGCCAUCCUGCAGCUGCUGGUGAACCCCUUGAGCGGCCCCUUCAUCGACCGCAUGAGCUACGACGUGCCCCUGCUCAUGGGCCUCGGCGUCAUGUUCGCGUCCACGGUGAUGUUCGCCUUCGCCGAGGACUACGCCACCCUCUUCGCGGCGCGCAGCCUGCAGGGCUUGGGUUCGGCCUUUGCCGACACGUCCGGCAUCGCCAUGAUCGCCGACAAGUAUCCCGAAGAGCCGGAGCGCAGCCGAGCGCUGGGGGUGGCUCUGGCCUUCAUCAGCUUCGGCAGCCUGGUGGCACCGCCUUUCGGGGGCAUCCUCUACGAGUUCGCGGGCAAGUGCGUGCCCUUCUUGGUGCUGGCCGCCGUGUCUCUCAUCGACGCCUUGCUGCUGCUGCUGGUAGCGAAGCCCUUCUCCGCUUCUGCCCGCGCGCGCUCCAACCUGCCCGUGGGCACGCCUAUCCACCGCCUCAUGCUCGACCCGUACAUCGCGGUGGUGGCCGGCGCGCUCACCACUUGCAACAUCCCCCUGGCCUUCCUGGAGCCCACCAUCGCCACCUGGAUGAAGCAUACCAUGGCGGCGUCCGAGUGGCAGAUGGGCAUGGUCUGGCUGCCGGCCUUUGUGCCGCACGUCCUGGGUGUCUACCUCACGGUGCGUCUCGCGGCGCGGUACCCCCACUUGCAGUGGCUCUACGGGGCCCUGGGGCUGGCCGUGAUCGGGGCCAGCUCGUGCCUGGUGCCCGUGUGCCGGUCCUUCGCCCCGCUCGUGGUGUCCCUGUGCGGCCUUUGCUUCGGCAUCGCGCUGGUGGACACGGCGCUCUUGCCCACGCUGGCCUUCCUCGUGGACGUGCGCCACGUCUCCGUCUACGGCAGCGUCUACGCCAUCGCCGACAUCUCCUACUCCGUGGCCUAUGCGCUCGGGCCCAUCGUGGCGGGCCACAUCGUGCACUCGCUGGGCUUCACGCAGCUCAGCUUGGGCAUGGGGCUCGCCAAUUUGCUCUACGCUCCCGUCUUACUGCUGCUUCGCAAGGUGGGCCUCCUGACGCGCUCCCGCUCCGAGCGUGAUGUGCUGCUCGAGGAACCGCCGCAGGGUCUGUAUGAUGCGGUGCGCCUCCGGGACUGUCACGCGCCGCCGGGGCUCGACGGCGUCUCUCACAGUCCGCCGGGCCCCUUCGACGAAUGUGAGGACAACUACGACUACUACACCCGCAGCUAGCAGUCCCGCAACUCCUCCAGGCUUGCCUCACUCACCCCCACUCUUGGGUCUAGGCCACUGCUCUGGCAGGUUCA